AUGCCAUCCGCAGAUCAGGCUGGCUCCAUCAGCAAGCUUAGCGCCGAGACAUCGCGGCAUAUCCAGUCAGCCUACGAGAUAUCCUCGCCGCUAUGUGUCGUGCAAGAACUUGUGAGGAAUUCCACAGAGGCAGCAUCAAACAAGAUCAGCGUCCAGAUAUCUGCCAACGGCCUCGAGUGCAUUCAGGUGUCGGACAAUGGCCCAGGCAUAGAGCAGGAUGGCCUGUCGCUGCUCGCCCAGCGCGGCUGCACAUCAAAGUUGAAAAUAUGCACUCGUACACAAACCAGCGAAGCAGGAUCACUUAUCGUCAUUAACAGCAGCGGUCAUAUUGUUGAGAAAAAGUAUGUUGCUAGUAACCCUGGAACCACUGUAACAGUCGUGCAGCCUCUGGUCAAGCUGCGUGUGCGUUACGAUAUUGCCAAGGCUCGGAGUGCACAGAUCAAGCGCGAGAUCCGCAGGUGGCUUGUGGCUUUCUGCUUGGCGAACUAUCAUGUUGGAAUAUCGAUGUCGGCACUUGGGAUGGAAAAGGAGCCCAGAAACGACAUUGCAUUUUCCGGGUCUCUGUCGUUAAUGGACGCUGUGCUUCAUUUCAUCGGCGCAAUUCCUCGUCUCUGCGUGUCGAUCAGCGGCAUUUCGUGCAAGCCCGAUAUUUCCCCCGGUCUUUUGAGGCGAUUACUCCAGGCUUACUCUCCCGAUUCUCAGCUGGCCUUGGACGCUGUUGAAUUGGCAACAACAAAUCCCAGCAAAUGCUUCUUGGGAGUUCUAAAUGUCAUUGUGCCGCUCGCAAUGCUGGACACCAGCUUGAGGAUACCAUGGCUGUUGCAUGCAUACGAUGUCGAGUGCAUCGAGGCAGACGUCAUUGAGAAGUUGCACACCCUCGCGGAGAGCUUCAGCGGUGAUGGUUUAAUGAGACCUAUUCCGACAACAGGAAAGUGUCAGACAUUGCUAGAAUGGUUCCAGGGAAACUGUGGAACUGCACCGCACGUGGCUCUCUAUCGCCCUAGAGGCGCCAAGCGCAAGGCCCCUCAGCCAAAAGUGCCGAACUUGGGCAAAAAUAACAAUUCAAGUAUAAUACCAAACAGCAGCUACAAGCAGCCCAUACAUUUGGACUCAAGCUCUUUAACUAGCGCACCGAACAACGAUACCUUGUCACAGCCUGUGAGCGAUAUCCCUCAAGCAAAAUGGUGCUCACAUUCAGCUCAUCUGAAUGCCAUCAUAUCCACUGGUACGUUGGGUCACAUCGUAUGCCUUGUCACUAGCGACGGGACCAUGCACAAACCUCAGUCGCCAGCUCUGUCUGCAUCAGCCUCCGACAUUGCAUUGUGCUUGGUUUGGGCUGCCGACACCUUUGUUGCACUCGAUGCGCGCGGCCUUGGGCUACUUCCUGACCCGAUUACGAAUUCUAGCACCUUUUGGUUUGUUCCCAAGCUCAAAGCAUUUGCGCGCCUUGCCCAGAUUAACUAUGGCCAAUGA